GGCCCGCUCUCGCGAGAGGUGCGGUAGGGCCGCCAUUUCAUCGGCGGACGGAGAAAGUUGGUUGCCAGAAGGUGUUGGAAAAUAUUAAAUGUCUAAUUUUAAUACUCCAGUUCCUUAAUUGCAAUUAUGAUUCCUGAGAUUUGGGACAGUGAUGGUGGUUCUACUUCUGAUUCAAGUGAUUUACCAAAUAUAGUUUCCUCUGAUGAGGAACUGAAACUAUGGUUUCCUCCAUAUAAAGCACCACAGUUAAGCUAUGAAGUUCUGAUCCCUAAGCGAUGGUGUUACCUGAGGACAUCUGUUUUGAAGAGAUACUGCCACAUUAUAAAGGUCCAGCUCCUGAGCCCUAUUCUUUUUGGUAGGCCUUACACAGACGAACUGUGCAGGAACUGGGCUGUUCAAGCAGAGCUCAUCCAACAUGAGGAUUAUGGUGAACUCCAGGACUUUGACCUCAAAACACUGAAGAUCAUAGAUCUUUUGGAAUCUGCACACAGAGCUCUACUUGUUUAUGCUUUGAAGCGACCACUGCUGAUCCAGUUUGUUCGUGUUGUUAAUGAAAGCCUCGUUCAGUGUUCCACUUUGGAAGAGGCAAUAAGUGUGGUAAAGCAGCAAAUGAUUUUUCGAGAUGCCUGGGAAAUGACUGUGGGAAAUAAAAAGCAAGUGGCUACGGUCCUCGCACUUACUGGCCUUCAUUAUUUCAAUCUCAUAAAGCAGUAUUCUAUCGAUCAGAAUAAUCUGUUUGAGCACUUUGAAGAUCAGUGUUUUCAGGAAGAGCAGCAAGCAAAAAUAUUUCAUGAACUUUGGGAAGCAGAUUUGAAAAAGCAACAUUAUGAACCAGCGGUGAAGUCAUUGAAUGAAGCGAUAAAAGUUUGUGCAUUCAAUCAUUUGCUGUAUGAGAAAAGAUCUUAUUGCUAUUUGCAAUUAUGUCAAUACAAAAAAGCAUGGAGUGAUGCAAAACGGUGCAUUGUCCUGAAACCUCAUUCCAUAGAGGGCCAUUAUCUAUUUGCUGGAGCACAGUGUGGAAAAGGAUGGUAUGCACGUGCUUUGAAGGCUAAUUCCUUGGCUAUUCAAGCAUGUCAGAGGAAGGCGCUGAAUGUAAAAGGUUUGACAGAACAGCGAGAACUCAUUCAAACUGAACAAUUACUUUCUACAAAAGAGAAACAAAUUGGGAAAUGGAAGAGCGACAACACCAGUUUGAAAGAAAGCUCUGAUUCUGAGAGUUCUGCAGUUGAAGAGGAUGACGAAGAGGGAGAUGAUGAAUCUAGCGAAGAUGAAGUGAUCCCUUCAGUAGAAGUUGUGGAUGUUUGGUUGGAAAAGACUAACGAUAAUGUACAGGCUGAGCAGGAGCAAAAUGACCAAUCUCUGCAUUUUGAUAUUCCUUUCUUAUCAAUGAACUUCAAAGCUAGUAGCUCUGACUCUGAAAAUGAUAGUUUUGACAGAUUGAACCAGGGUCAUGGGUCAAAGAUGUUAUCUGGAGGAGGUACUUCUGAUUCAGAGUCAGACUCCAGUUUGAAAGAAGAACAAAGAGAUUUUGCAGUUCCACAUAAUUCCGUGGAAUCUGACAACCAGGAAAAAGGUUUACCUGCAGCUGAAACAAAAACUCCACCUUUCCCAUGUACAGACUCUGGAAAAAAUGCUUCUGCUCCCUCUACAGAUACUGGAACAACCUCAUCAUCAUCUCCCACUGAUCCUGGAAAGAACAUGAACUCCCUCUCUGUAUCUUCUGGAGCACAUCAAUCACUUUUUGAAAGUGGUCUAAUGCUCAAGGAAAUAGAACAAGUAAGCAGUGAGAGCAAGCAGCAUAUAUCUUAUAACACCACAGAACAGCGGGAAAAACACGAAUUAGAAAUGACUUCAAAGGUAGAAGAAAGUUUGCUGAAAUGCAAAUUGAAAGAAGCUUCUGAGGCACUGAUGGCGUCUAAUUUUAGAAAUGCUCAGGAAAACUAUUUGCAUGCCCUUAACUUAAUAAAAGAGAAGAAAGUAUACAACUUGACUACUAUGGAGUACAUACUUAUUGAGUAUGCCUGCGGAUUGGCCUUUUUAGGAAAUAAUCUAAUUCAGGAUGUUUUAGAAGCUGAACGGCACUUUAAGAAAAUUAUUGACGAGUUCAGGGAUGACGAUUCCAGUCACUUCGGCUGCCUUUCAUAUUAUGGUCUAAGCCGGGUCCACCUCAAAUGGAACAGAUAUAAAGAAGCAAGAUCAUCUAUAGAGAAGUCUUUGAAGCUGGUCGAGAAUAAUUUAGUCCCAGGGCUUCAGACUUGGCCGGGCACAGAUACAGCAAUUGAAGAAACCAGGGAUGGUGUACUGAAACACCUGUUGAACUCACUUCUUAAAGAGUGUUUGUGUCCACCAAGGCCUGAUGCUGUCUGCCAUUAUCGAUUCUGUUGUACGCAUAACAGCAAACGUGACAUUUAUAGGUCUGAUCCUGACUUCAAGGGGUUUGUCCGAGUUCACUGCAGCUAUGAUUGCCAUAUUGAAUACCAUUUAUACUGCUGGAAACGUUGCAAAAUUAAAGAGUUCCAAGAUAAAAUAGAAAAAGAUAUUCUGGGUUUAGACUGCCUCACACCUGACUGCAUGGGAUAUAUCCUGAAGUUUGACAUUUUUCAGGACUCACGGCAAAAGACAAUUGAAAGUUCCAAAUCAAAAGAGAGUAAAAGUAGCAGGAACACAGCAACCAAGCAGUCUGGUAACAUUUUUAGCUUGAAGAAGAUUGCCAGAAAAAAAGAAAAAAAGCACCAAAAUCCAGUAAAGGUGUCAUCAAACAUCCACCAGGACCAAAUUGAUACCCCAAACAAAAAGUCUGAUCAGAGUGAACUGAAGGAUGAAACAUUUGGAGCCAGAAGGAAGGAAGGCAGAAACAAGAAAAAUAUAGGACCUUCAAAUGAAUGGAUAAAAAAUGAUAAAAGCGGGUAUUUGGAAGAGGCAACAGUGAAAGUGCAUGAAAGCAGUUACAUGGAUUCUAGAAUGGCAGAUUAUUACCAAUGGUCAGCAAAAGAGGAAAAGAUGGAAAACUUGUUUGCCAACACUUACAUUGAUGAUGAUCUUCAGGAUCAGCAUUCCUCGCUUAAUAACGCAAAGACUUGUGAUGCAGCAACACUCACUGAUCCAAUAAAACCCUUUGAAAGCAAAGAGAAAACCUUUAUGAUUCUAUACCAUGACAAAGCUCAACUUUUGAAGAGCUAUGAGAAGUCUCAAAAUUUGUAUGAUCAACUUUGUUCUGCUACUCAGGAUGAAAUCAAAACCUUCAAGGAAAAACAUGAACAGCUUUUGUUCAUUGAGAAGAAACUGAGGGAUGAGCUCACAACAGUAAAGGCACAGCUAGGGUCUGUAAAAGAGAAACUGCAUGAUAAGAGAGAAUAUCAAUCGCAAGAACUCGGUACCUUACAAGAAGAACUUAAAUCAGUGAAGAAUAAUUUAGAAAGGAACAAGAAAACUAUACAUGAAAUCGAUGGAGAAGUUAAGAAAAUAAAAGGAAGGAGAGAAAAACAGACCAGUGACAAGAAGAAAUUGCAGAAAAUGUGUGGCACCACAAAAGGAAAUUGCAAAGAGUCAGCAACCAGACUCCUGUCUGUCCAGUCUCAAAUUCAGGAAUGGAAGAAAUACACAAAGUUGUAUUUUCUCAAUCGCCUGCAUCAGGAGGCUGUUGAGAAUGUGAAGUUUUACACUGCACAGAAAGCUCGGAACGCAAAUUCGCCAGAAGUCAUCGCUAGCCAGGACAUGUGGGAAAAAAGAAUGAAAGGAAUUCAAGGACAAAUUACUCUGAUCAAUGCUGCCUCUUGGCCCCAGGAGACAGGAGAAUAUACUGAUGCCGUACCUUACACUGAUUCCUCUAAAUUGAUGCCAUCACAGUUCAGAGCUGUAAACAAUUUUACAAAUCAUCGGAGACUGUCACCAUCUCCUACAAGGAUUGAAAUGGGUAAGAAUGUUGGAUUAACUGGAACUUCUACCUCUGCUGAGGCUGUAUGGUUUUCACAAGGAUCCAGAACUCGUGGCAUUGAUGCAGAAACGUUACCGAGGACAGGAAAAGAUGCCUACAUACCAUCUGCUUGGCCACCCAAUUACUCAAACCCUCCAGCAAUGCAACCUAUUCCAUCCACUGAUCGCAGCCGGUCUGACCUUGAACUAGAAUUUACGAUGUUUACUGACCAAAAUAAGUCAUUUCCUGAUGGGUCUCUUCAGCUUGCUGCCGGCGGUUUGGAAAUGUCGACUCCUUCAACUGAAGCAAAACCAGUAAAAAUCCCAGAUAUUUCCCUUUCUGGGCUACGGACAUCAUGUGUUCCUGGAAAUUUACAAAACAACUUAUUUGAGCAUUAUGGUGCCCAAAUGAAAUCCUUUAACAACCACUUCAAUCAUUUGCCAUCUGCACAGCCAAUUAUACACUCUAAUAACGACUUCCAGGCUUUACAGACUCAAAGGCCAUUUGGUUUAGCCAGUGGUAACAGUUCACAAACCGAUGAGCCACGUUCAUCCUAUCACACUGUAAUGGAACAACUUUUCUUCAAGUUUCCUACAAUAAGCAAAGCGAGAUUGCACUCGUUCAUUAAUAAGGUGAAGGAGGAAAAUGGUGGCACUCUCUCAAAUCUGUCUGUUGACGAGCUGGUGAGACAAGUCUCUUAUUGUGUUCACCAGGGCACCCAUCCAGAAAUGACAUAUGCGUCUCCAACAGAUCCUUUAUCGUUUGCACCUAUAAGUUACGAAAAUCUUUUCUUCCCCAGUCAUCACACUCUGCAUUCUGAUCAGUCGCGAACAUUACCAGACAGGUUCAGUGGCCUUGUGCCAGUGAAUGCAGAUGCUUCGGCAUUUGAGUCAUUACCUCUUGGUGAUUUAUUGGAAUUGGAAGGCUUUUUCGAUCAAUUGUAGAACUGUAGGAUCAAAUUCACAAUUUAGGUGUGACUUUUGUACAUUUAUGUGAAUGUAGUUGGCUAGCAAGUGAUGUUACUUUCUUAAAAUUAUCAAUGUGGCUAAGCACAAACUCCAGAGCUUUUCCCAGGUCUGGUUUUUUUCACCAGUACACAUUAUUAAUUAAGUAUUGAUUUGCUGUCAAGCAUAGUACUGAUUUUCUUUGAAUUGUAAUUGAAUUGUUCCUCUCUGUAAAUCCUGUUAUGUGACUGUCCAUGCAGAAGUAGCAUCAUUGGCUCCACCAAAUCCUGAUUCACCCAUAAACCCUUUGGGGAUGUUCUUGCAGUGAAAUCCAUUCAUCAGUGUUUUGAGAUGCUAAUGAACCCAGAACUUCCCCCGCUAAGACAACUAUGUGAGAUAAUGGUCAAAGCAUCAUACAAACUGGUCUUCUCUUGAGAAUGUGAAAGAACCAUUUCACAGACUUGUAGCAAAAGACAAAAUUAAGAUGGUGAUUGGUUGGUGAGUUACGGGGUGAGUGUGGAAUAUUCAAAUUGUCACAAUUGUGAUCUUUGUAUCAUUUUUGAUGGUUUAGGGCAAAUUUUAGCAACUUGCCAGAACUGCAAAAUAUAAUUUCAUCUUGUAUGUUCUUCUGGCUAACUCUCAGCACGUCACUCUGGCACUCACUCAGAGGAACUUAUAAACAUUGUCUGCAGCUCCGUGCAGCUUCCCUUCACUUUAAAUAUGUACGGUUCUCUUCAGCUCUGAAUAACUGUGACCAUAAUUUAUUUCACCAAUCACUUGGAGGAUUCUGUUCCCUUUCUAUAGGGGACUUGUCCUGCCUGUGGCUUUUUGCAAGUUGCUUUUAGUCCAAAAAUCACACCUGUAACAAUUUGAUGCGACACCCGCCCCCCCCCCCCCCGCCCCCAUUUGUACCAUCUUUAUCUCUUUUUGCUGCAAAUCCAUGAAAUGGUUCCUUCUUGUUCCCACCAUCCUCUCAAGGGAAGGUCAUCUUGUUUGAUAUUUUAUGAUAGUUUUAAGAGGGGAAGUAAUGGGCUCACUAGCAUUUUGAAACGCAGGUGAAUUGAGUUCACUGCAACUGUUUGAGCAAGAACAUCUCCCAAGGCUUUGGGGGUGAAUGAGGAUUUGGUGGAACUGAAGGAUGCUACUUCCCCAUGGACAGCCAGACAACAGGGGUUCAUUUUCUUCAGCUCAGCAUGUGCAAAUACUCAGCAGAUCAAGCAGUAUCUGUGGGGACAGAAGCAGAGUUAAUGUUUCAGGUUGAAGACCUUUCAUCAGAAUUCAAUGACAGUUUUGGUGAUCUGAUGGAAAGUCUUAACUUUAUUUUGGGCAAGUCUUGUUUUUAGACAAUGUAUAUGAUUCCAAGUAGUUAUUUCCAAGUCUGACUUUUUACAAACUGCUUUAAUUCUUUAAAUUAUCCAGCAUUCUGACAUCAGAAUCACUUAAGUGCAAUAUUGACUCAAAGGCUGAAGAUUUGUCCUUCAAGUAAAAUCCCAUAACUUCAAGGUAUCCAGUACAUAAAAUCAGAGACGGGAUUUCCUUUCCUCACAUCCCCUCUAUGGUAAGCUGCAAGCUCUCCUGUGCAUUCACCAUCCUGUGAGAAUUCAGGCAAAUGUUGCAAAUACAAUCUACUAAACAUUUACAGUCCCUCUGACACAGAAACUGGGUUGUGCCUUAACAGUAUCAAAGGCCUUGGAUUGAGAGGAACAACAGCCAGAUUGCUCCUUUGUUUCCUUGCACCCUUAAUAAUUAUGCUCUGCAGAAUUAGAAUAUUCUCACUACAACCCAGCUUCAUGGCAAUAAUACUCAUUUGUUUCGCAUUCCAUGCAAUAGCCAUUGGCACUACUUUGUCUGUUAUUUAUGUUAAGACUCAUAGUAAUAUUGACCCAUUUGUGAUUGGAACUCAUUUCUUGGCACUACAUCAUUUAGCUGGAUUGCUAAUCUUUGAGACGAGCACUUUUCUUUCUUUUUAACACUCAUGGGGAUCUUCCCACAAUUUAGCAGGUUAGGUAAAAGCAGCCAAUAUUUAGGGAUCCAAUUUCUUGAUUCCAUGUGAUUUUAAUUUAUCUGGGACACUAUCUUUUUAAAAACCUUCCAAAGUUGCUUUUAUUUCACCAUCAAUUAGGUGUUGGGAGACAGGGAUUAAAUUUGUCAAUUAAUGGAGCAACAAACUAUCUGCUGGAGGAACUCAACGGGUUGAGCAGCGUCUGUUGGGGGGGGAGGAAUUGUCAACAUUUCGGGUCAAAUGACAGUAAGUUAUGAAAUGGUCAGUGGGCAAUCAGACUCGAGGCCCCUGUCCACCCCUCCUUCCUUGCUUGCACUUUUCUGAUCUUGUAAUCCUUCCUUCUUUUGGACACUAUUCUUAGAAUACAUUAAAAUUGGGUCUAAAUACUCUGCUUUCUAGUUUCUGGAUUACUUGUUAAUUUUCAUAUAUCACUGAUCCCUUCAUUGUCACUAUUAGUAAUUAAAUAUCAUUGUAGAUACUUAUUUGGUAUAAAGUCUUCCUAUUGGUAUUUUCCUGGGCGGCUAAAUUGUUUGCUUGGUUAAUCAAUGGAAGUAAUUGGAUUGGAGAAGUCAUUCUUUUAUCCCAAUCUAUUUUGGAUAUAUUGCAUGUGUUUUGAUUACAGUAGCAUUAUCUGAUGAGCUCUUAAAGAUUCUACAAGAACCUCCAGGAGAACAAUAAAUGAUAUCAGGAUUAUCACCUAGUUCAUUACCACUUGUAUCGCUUUGAGUCCCACACUGCUCGAAGUCCUGAUGCAGGGUUUCGACCUGAAGCAUCAACCUAUUCCUUUUGCCUCCAUGGAUGCUGCUCAACUCGCUGCGUUUUUCCUUCCAGAUUCCAGCAUCUGCACUUCCUCUUGUCUUCAAGCAUUGCUAAUAGCACCGGCCUCCGGGGAGUUGGUAUUGGUUAAUUCCUUCUUAAACAUCAGGCGGCCGAUCAAACGUGGCAUUAUCCCACUUGGAAUUCCUUUUCUCAUUAUUUUGGCAGCUGAUAUGUGAAAGAAGUCUGACUAUCAUGAAAUACUGUUGAUUUCUGACUCCCAAGAUAACACAUUCCUGCACUGCACAGUUGAUUGUUAGAAACCCGAAAGACACACCCAGCAUAUACAGUGACAUUAAACAUCUAUGUUAGAAAAAAACCACAGACUCAGCCCAUCAGGUAUUUAUUUUACUGUUGUGUUCAAGGUGUGUGUGUGAUCUUACCAGGACUUUACAACAUUCAUUAAUGAUGAAAUGACUGCUUGUAUACAUUGGUUUGAAAAUGCUACAGAUCUGAAAUAAAAACAAAAUGUAAGCAAAAA